CCUUUAUGCACGCCCCUUCUCUGUUCAGAGCUUUAGCCUUAGACCUGAGUUAUAGGUGUCUGCUGGAAUUUCUCCCCCCCCCCCUCAUCCAUUUUACUGUUUAAUCGAUGGGAAUGACAGAGUGCAGGUGCAGCCGCCUCGUGCGUUCCAGCGCCAGCAGGGGACGGUGUAUGGUGCACUAGGACCGGGGAGAGAUUCCUUUUCUCGUCGUGUGCAACUCCAGAGCGGAGCUGUGGAAGGGAACCCCCCAUCGGAUCUAGCCAUUAUAUCCAUACAUUUCUUCCCCCCCCACCCCUCCCCCCCACCCCCCCAUCUCCUCCGCCGCGGCGCUGCUGAGUGGGAAUCGCAGCGAGCAGUGCGUCUGGGCUGGUGAAGCACCCAGGAGGAGAGGAUUAGGAAACGACUGCGAAUUGAGACAGAUUUUUUUUGGAGGGGGGGUUGAUCAUUUGGCAUCUGCGCCCCCACUCUUUUUUUUAUAUACAUUGUUUAUUGGUUGUAGUAGUAUCUUGUUUUCCCAUUUCACCCAUCUAUUCGUUUGAUUUCAAGCGCGCAAAGUCACAUCUGCGUAGGAGAGCGCUUGGCGCACUUCUUCCCCCAAAAGGACACAGAUAAGAUCUCCAUCAUUCUGUUUGGAUUUUAACCGGACGACUGGCUGAAUGGGUGACCUCGCUGAGACACACUCCAUCACUGGCUUGCACCAAUUUUAUGGGAACGUGUUUUCUCGAUUGACCCGGAGUUGUGAUGUCCAAAGCCUUCCCCACUGACUGACAAACGGCGUCGUACCAUUUUGGAAUCGAGUUGAAGGCUGUGAGGACGGGGGGAAGAUGAGACCUCCCAGCCCUCUGCUGAUCCUGCUGUACAUCACGCUGUCCAGGAGUGUAAAGGUAGUCUCUAAGAGAGGCUCAGUGGACGGCUGUACAGAUUGGUCAGUGGACUACCUGAAGUACCGGGUGCUGCAGGGUGAGCCCGUGCGUCUGAAGUGCGCUCUGUUCUAUGGUUACAUCCGGGCCAACUACAGCCAGGCGCAGAGCGUGGGCCUCAGCCUCAUGUGGUACCGCAGCUCCGGCCUGGGACACAGUGACUUCGAGGAGCCUAUCUCUUUUGACGGCAUACGGAUGAGCAAGGAGGAGGACGCCAUCUGGUUCAGACCGGCUGACCUCCAGGACGCCGGUCUCUACUCCUGUGUUUUGAGGAACUCCACAUACUGCAUGAAGGUGUCCAUGUCUCUGACGGUGGCCGACAAUGACACCAACCUGUGCUACAACUCCAACAUGAGACGAAACGAGAAGGCCGAGCUCAGUAAGAGUAAAGAGAUCCUUUGCCCUGACAUAGACGACUACGUUGAACCCGGCAAAGAGCCUGACAUCACUUGGUACAAGGAGUGCCGUCCAAAGCAGUGGCGUGCCAGUAUCAUUCUGAAGAGAGACAUUCUGUCAAUCCAGGAAGUCAAGGAAGAUGACAUUGGGAAUUACACCUGUGAAGUCCAGUUUGGCGGCUUUGUGGUCAGAAGGACGACUGAACUCACAGUGACUGCUCCUUUGACCGACAAGCCGCCAAAGAUCCUGUUUCCCUCGGAAAACAAGAUCAGCAACAUGGAGCUGCAGCUAGGAAGCGCUUUGAACCUGACGUGCCGAGCGUUCUUCGGCUACAGCGGUGACGUCAGCCCCCUCAUCUACUGGAUGAAGGGAGAGAAGUUCAUCGAGGACUUGGACGAGGAGAGGGUCCAGGAGAGCGACAUCAAGGUUGUCAAGGAGCACCUUGGCGAACAAGAAGUGGCCAUAUCCUUGACGAUCGAUUCUUUGGAGGAGGAGGACCUGGGAAAUUAUUCCUGCUAUGUGGAAAAUGGAAAUGGCCGUCGCCAAGCUACCAUCCAGCUCCUCAGGCGCGCAGAGCUCAUGUACACGGUGGAGUUGGCAGGAGGGCUCGGAGCGAUCCUGCUGCUGCUCAUAUUCCUCAUCUCCCUCUACAAAUGCUACAAGAUUGAGCUGAUGCUGUUCUAUAGGAGGAACUUUGGCAGCGAGGACGUUGAUGGAGAAAACAAAGACUAUGAUGCAUACCUGUCCUACACCAAAGUGGACCCUGACCAGUGGAGUCAGGAAACCAGAGAGGAGGAGCGCUUUGCACUAGAAAUCCUCCCUGACGUCCUCGAAAAACAUUACGGCUACAAACUCUUCAUCCCAGAUCGGGACCUCAUUCCAACAGGAAGUCUCACCAAUGAGCAUUACCAGGAUGACACACGACUCUUUGGAGCCUACAUAGAGGACGUGGCCCGCUGUGUGGACCAGAGCAAACGCCUCAUUAUAGUCAUGACGCCCAACUACGUGGUGCGGCGAGGCUGGAGCAUCUUCGAGCUGGAGACCCGGCUGCGCAACAUGCUGGUGACCGGCGAGAUCAAGGUCAUCCUGAUCGAGUGUGCCGAGCUGCGCGGCAUCAUGAACUACCAGGAGGUGGAGGCCCUCAAGCACACCAUUAAAACACUCACCGUCAUCAAGUGGCGCGGCCCCAAGAGCAACAAGCUCAGCUCCAAGUUCUGGAAGCAGCUGCAGUACGAGAUGCCGUUCAGGCGCACAGAGCCCAUGCUCACCCACGAGCCGGCGCUGGACGUCAGCGAGCAGGGCCCCUUCGGAGAGCUGCAGACCGUCUCCGCGAUCUCCAUGGCGGCGGCCACCUCCACCGCCAUGGCCACCGCCCACCCCGAACUGCGCUCCACCUUCCACAACACCUACCACACCACCAUGAGGCAGAAACACUACUACCGCAGCUACGAGUAUGACUUACCCCCCGGAGGGACCCUGCCACCGCUGUCCUCUCUGGGCAACCAGCACACCUACUGCAACAUCCCGCUCACGCUGCUGAACGGCCAGAGGCCACCGGGGAAGACAAGAGAGCACAGCCUGGAGGAGGCACACGCCAACAACGCCAUGCUCCCUCUGCUGCCCAGAGAAACCAGCAUCUCCAGCGUCAUCUGGUAGUGAUGGACCUGACUCGGCACCGGAGCAGGAAGAUAAGCCAGGCUCAGACGCAGCCAAGGCUCAGUCUGGUAGCUCUUAGGAACAAAGUUUGUGGUCGAAGAUUACGGAGAAAAGCGUUCCCGGAUCAGCUUGGUUCCAACCGUCGUAAAAGUGGCAGAGAAGGUUCAGCAGGUUUUUUCGAACAAGGCUCCCCCUCUUGUUCUUUUCAAGUGGACACAAUCUUGUUACUGUGGAUGUUUUUUGUUUUUUUUACGGAACUACAGGAGAUAAGUGUAAACACUGUUUCAUCGACUAGCGAGAGACGGACUCGCAAAGAAACUCCUACCAUACACUAUGGCAAUUGUGCACACACCUGCAUACACACACAAAUGUGCAUACAUAGAAACAAAAGGAAAACAGGGUCUUGUACAUAUAUUUCAAUUUAUUUGUAGCAUCAGUGUUUUCCUGUUUUUGUUCUUUUUUUUUUUUAAAUUCAAUCAUGUUUGUUGCCUUCACUUCUGUAGGAUUUUUGCUUUAUCUUGUUAUGAAGAGUUGUAUAUUUUUUAUUGUUUUUUUCUCAUUUUAGUUUUUUUUUUAUUCCUAUUUCGAUGAGCUUGUUUGGGAAGCCAGUAUGUCACGUACCUGCGCUGUUGAUGUAUUUUUUUUUCUUUGUUUCUGUGUUUGUUUUUAAUCUUCGUGUAGUUUAAGAGAACAUUUUUUUUUUUAACACUUUUUGGAACCGCCUGGACAUUUCAGGAGCUUCAAGGAGCUGAAACUUCUUUUUUGUUUUACCUGUAAAAGGUGUAUCUAGUUUAAAAGGAAACUCUCUUUUAAAAAAUCAUCGAAUAUGCAAAAAGAAGGAGGAGCUGGCAAAAAAAAAAAAAAACGACUUGUGGGACCGAGAAGGAGGAGCGGUUGGGGGGCCAUGCUAGUCCUCUCCAAUCAGAUAGACCGAUAGACUGGCAGAUCUCUCUCUAAAGCUUCAUAUUUUCUAUUGAAACAAACAGCCUUGCUGUUUUAGAGUGAUAGUGAAAUGCCUCACCUUAAAAAGAAAUCUGUAGAUUAUUUUAAAAAGAAUUCUAUUUUUAUAACAGAAAAGAGUUUGCUUGAGAAGUCAUACUUAUUUGCAUUUCAUCCACCAUGGAACGGGGAUUUGUGUAUAAGUGUUAUGCUGGUUUUGUACACUUGAAAAAUGUGGCUCCUGGUUUGUUGAGAGAUUAAGGUGGCUUUUGAAUCCCACAUGGAAAAACAUGUCCUCUAUCGUUCGAGACUAAAAAGUAAAGCAUUUUCAAUGUUUUGGUUUUUUAAAACAUAAUAUUAUUCCCCAUCCUUCGGUUCAUAUGGAUAGUUCAUGUUUAAGGAAAGAAAAAGAAAACAUUUGUGUUUUGAAAGACUUUUUAAAUAUAUUUGAAGGUGUGUUUUUUGAGUAUGCAUAGCAAAUAGAUAUGUAUUCUAUAUAUAAUAUAGAUAUUUAUAUAAAUAUAUAAACACAAUUUUCACUUGGAAAGAAAUGUCUAUCUUUAUAGAAACACAAUCAUUAUCAGUUGCCCUUACUUUCUCACUGCACAUUAAAAACAUGGAUUUCC